GAACAGAAUUGACUUUCUAAUAUUAGCUGGCUAUAGCGAUAAUGUCAAUAUAAACAAAUAUGGCUGACUGUGGGGAUAAAGACAGCACUACAGAGUUCGAUGAUGAUGAUAUUGAAGAGGAUGCUCCACUUGAAAAACGAAAAAAGAUUUUCUCUAAAGAAUUGCGUUGUAUGAUGUAUGGCUUUGGAGAUGAUCAGAAUCCCUACACAGAAUCUGUUGACUUGCUGGAGGAUCUUGUUGUAGAUUACAUUACUGAAAUGACCAAAAAAGCCAUGGAAAUUGGAAAGUCUGGAAGAAUAAUUGUUGAAGAUAUCAUAUUUCUUAUCCGCAAAGAUCCCAAAAAAUAUUCCAGAGUUAAGGAACUUUUAUUGAUGAGUGAGGAACUCAGAAAAGCAAGGAAAGCUUUUGAUGAAAUCAAAUAUGCUACAACAAAAUGAUAUCCCGAUUCAAAUGUAUAGUUUAUGCUGAUUCAAAUCUGUAGUUUAUGCGUAUGUUGUUGAUGAUUGAAUUAUUGUGUGUAUUUGAGUGCCAAGAUUUUGUGUGUUGAAUUUGACAGAUAUUGUGUAACUGUACUAGAUUGUAGCCCAUCACAUGCUUUUAAAAUCUGUAUAUAGUUAAAUAACACUGUAUAUUUAAAAUCUACUUUUGUGUUAACAAAAAUGAAUUUUUUUUGAACUAAUCACCUACUAAUUAGAUUAAUGAUAAGCUACAAUAAGAAAAGGAUAAAAAUAAAAUUGGGCUUUAAACAUAA